AUGUCAGCAGACAAACAUCAACAACCUCUAAAGAUCUCUGUUAUAGGUGAAAAUGGAGUUGGAAAGAGUUCAAUGAUAUUAAGAUAUACAGAGAAUUCAUUUCUAAAUGAUCCUACUGUUAAAUUAGAUUUUGCUAAAACAAAAUUUGUUGAGAUCAACGGUAAGAAUGUUAGAUUACAGAUUUGGGAUACAUUCGGUCAAGAGAAAGUUGCACAUUUGACAUCUUCAUUUUAUAAAGGUGUGCAGGGUAUUAUUAUUGCAUAUGAUGUAUCAUCAAAAGAAUCAUUUGAAAAAGCAAUAUCCAAGUGGUAUUCCGAUGUGAAGAGGUUCGUUGCUCCGACGACACCGAUCAUCUUGACGGGAUGCAAGUCGGAUUUAGAUAAACAGGUUAGCUCUGAGAUGUUGGCUGCCUGGUGUAACCAGAACAAACAAAUUGGAAUCGAAUGUUCAUCGCUCACCAGUGAGAACAUCGAUGAAGUAUUCUCAACCAUGACAAGACGUAUCUUGAACUCACUGGCACUACUCGAUAACAACAACAAUAAUAAUAAUAGCAAUAAUGGUAGUAGCAGUAACAAAGAAGGUUCGAGUGGAGGAAGUAACUCUGCCUCUGGUAGUCUUGGCGGUAGUGGAAAAGACCGAAACAGUAAAGAACAUAAAGAUAGCAGCAGCAGCAGCAGUGGAAAAGAAGGUAAAAAGAAAUCUUCUGGUAUCAUCUCAAAGAUCUACAAUAAUCUGAGCAGCAGUAGCAGUAACAGUAGCAGUAGUAGUAGUGGUAGUAUUCUCAGUAUGUCUGGCGGUAUGAUUAUGACCGGUGGUGGUGCGAGUGGGUCGAACAAUUCCACCGGUAACUCUAGCAAUAUAAUGAUGACACAGAGUAUGGGUCCGUCAAUUGGCGGUUCCAUCAGUGGUAUCAACAAUAUUAACAGUAGUAACAUUAACAAUAACAACAGUAACAACAACAACAAUAAUAAUAAUAACAACAACAACAAUAGUAAUAUGAUGAGUUCAUCAAGUGCAGGCGUCAAUCUUGGAUUAUCUUCAUCGGAUGCAUCGACAACCUCUGGUGGUACUACAAAGAGUAAGAAGAAAGUAAAGAGCAGUGCAUCUAGUUCGUCGACAUCGAUUGACAAGAGCACUGUUCGUAGCAUGGUGUCACCCACCGUACAACAAGGUCCAUCGCCACUGACACCACCGACCACACAGGAUCAGUUCAUCAAGAGAAGAGCUGCCAUCCUUCAGGUUCCAAUUCCAACUACACCUCCACCCAAACCACAGAAUGGCAUGAGAAUGACAAACUUUGCAGCCAACAACAAUGCAUCACUAAAUCUUAAUCCAGGGGCAUCUGCAAUCAUCACUACAUCUGCAACAACACCAAUCCUAACCACCACCACUACAACCACUACAACUACCACCACAACAACAACUUCCACUACUGUUGUAGAUGAUACCAAUACUACAACAUUACUUAGAAAUAGUUCAUCAAAUAUUAACAACAACAACAGCAAUAACAGCAACAACAAUAAUAACAGUAACAGUAAUAACAGUAAUAGUAAUAAUGUAAAUGCAACACUUAAUCAAUCAAAUAUUGCAAAUGGAUCACCAAUGAUGUUAGGUAUAUCAUUGAUGAAAUCAUCUUCACCACUUGCAGAUCGCAAGACACCGUUGUCACAGCUCGAAGCAUUGUCUGUUUCGUCACAAUCACCGAAAUCAACGGGUACUCCCGAACACCCUAAUCGAUCUUUCCACGAAGCCUACGGAUAUCAGGCGUUCGGUGAGGAACUGCAACAACAAGGCUGGACAAGAUCGAUGGUCGAAGAGCUUAUAGAGGAGCGACGUUUAAAUCAAACUAAAUCUUCGUCAACCUCUUCAUUGAUUAACCCACAACAACAUGGUCCAGCGGCGCUCUCCCAAACCGGAUCUUACAGCACCGGUAGUCUGCCAUCGACAAGCAGUGGGCAAGUCGUACCAUUGUCCACUUUUCUCAUACCGAAUCCAAGCCAGUCGAUCCCAGUCAUUGAAAACAACUACACCAAUAUCAAUCAUCAUAGUAUGGGAUUGAUUGGAGAGCAUAUAGCCAGUAUCACUGCCUUGAAUUCAUCACCAACAUCAAACUCGCCAACAGAUUCAACAUUCUCAAAGGCAUUCCCACUCAAAGAAAAUAGAACAAAUCAAUCGAUUUUAGGUCAACCAACACACGAUUAUAAAUAUCCUGAUGAUGCUGAUAAUGAUAAAAACAAUAACAACAACAAUAAUAAUAAUAAUAUUAAUAGCAGUAAUAGCAGUAAUAAUAAUAAUAGCAAUAAUGAUGAUGAUAAUAGUUCAAAUAGUAGUAGUUCAAAUAAUAAUAAUAAUAAUAACAUUAUCAGCAGUAGCAGUAACAAUAGUAGUAGUAAUUCUAGUUUUAAUAAUCAUGUUUUAGGUGUUGUUCCAGCAGAUCAACCACAAUCGAAACCAAGAUUAUUAACGGGAAUAUCGUUGUCGUCGAAUGCAAUCUUUGUUGCUGCUUCUAAUCCAACUAUACAUAUUGAGCAUAGUGAUACAGAUAGUGUUGUUGGAUCUAUUAUUGGCUCUUCUUGUGGUGGUGGCAGAGAGGAUAACAGCUAUAAUCUGGAUGCUGAAGACAUGGAGGAAGCAAUCUCUAGUAAGACCAAUCUUCAAGACAAACACUUUGUAACCGACGACCAAGAGGACGUCAAUCCCUACGAUGAAAACAGUUCUCAUCAUAGUCAUGGUAACACUAAUAUCGCCAGUAGUGGAGCAAGCCAUCCAAUACCUUCCAACGUUAGAAUGUCAUCGAGCGAUAUCAACACCACCACAACAACAACAAGCAUUGUGCCACAUACCACUGGCGAUCACCCGUCAACAACAACCGAACCUGAAUGGGAAUCCGAUGGCAUCUACUCAUCGGAUCUCAACGAUAGAUUCCAAGAGGUCGUUCUCAAGUUCCGUGAUAUUCCAUCGUUGGAUACCAAUCUUUAUAAUCUACAAGAGAUCAGUACGGAUCUUCUUCACAUCUCACAGGAUUUCAUUCACAUUGUAAAGACCUACGGUAGAAUCAUCAUUGAAGAGCGAUUCCUACAGGAAAAGACUAUCAAACCAAAGUCUCUGGGUGGUCAUCUCGGUGGUGAUAAAUAUAUCGUUAGAAAUGUAUUGUUCAAAUUUGCUGGUGGUUCGCCUCAUGGUGUAUAUGGCGAGUGGGGAGGCGCCAAGGUUGGAGGUCAAGAGCUAAAGGGUUGUAUGGCAACUUUGAAUUGUCCAAUCAAUGGACUGUGUGUUCCCUUGAUGGCGCUGGUCGAUUUCAUGGGUUAUCGUUUGAUUGCUAUGAGUGUACUACCGAUUUCUUCGGCAAUAGACGCCAGUACUAUUGUCUAUGGAUCCAGUGACAUGGGUCUGACUGUACACGCACUGCACGAACCAUCGCUCGAAGUCAUGAAACAACUCUCACAAUCACUCAAUCUAAAGGCACAUUACGGUGGAACACAGAAACCACCUUCUCUUGUCUAUUCGGCCACCGAUGUAGAAGGACAUAUCGGUACCGACGGUCGUUUCUAUCUUGUAGAUUUCAGUCGUACUUUCCCACCGACCUAUCCGGAUCUCUCAGUGCAAGGUGGUCAUCUUUUCCAGUUGUUCAGACCCGAGUUCCUUAAGAGUCAUCUGAAACCGCUGUGCUCAGACGCAUUCUCUGGUUUCUUGAAACACGACCAAGACAGACAGGCACACAACAACGAAGUAAAGGAAGCCACGCAGAGACUGCUCAAUGACUUGAUACCCAGAAUAUCGACACGUCUCAAAGGUUUAAUCAAGGAGUCGUUGGAGAAUGGCGAUCUUCUCAGUGGCGGUGUACACAUUCCAGAGCAGUUCCAUCGUCAUGGUAUCAACAUGCGUUGGAUCGGUCAUAUGUUGGUGGUAGUCGACGAUAGAGAUGCUGGUUUUGUAUUGCUCAUCGAAGCAAUUGCCAGAGUGCUAAAGAAUGACUUGAGAAGAAGACUACGUGACACAAUGAAGAAUUUCAAACAACCACUUUGUGCACCCUACAUUCAGCUGACUACCAACUUUUUGAAUAUGGUAUUCGGUGAAUCAACAAAACCAGGUUUCAACACAGAGGAGUUCUGGGAGCAAACGGUAUCGCAAGAGUUGUACUCCAAGUUUUAUAUCUAUCAGGUUCCUUCGGUCGUUGUAAAUGUACAGAAUAAUCAAAACAAUAGAAACAGUAUGAGUAGCAGUAUGGGAGGUUCAGGUUCAACCACCAAUCAACACAACUAUAACAAUACAAUUAAUUUCAAUGGUGGAUCCAGUGGAAGUAAUUUCAAUAUCGCCAGCUCAAUGGAUGCAGGUCAAGUCAGCAAGAAACCAACGAUGAUUCUCCCGAGCGGCUGGAAGUUACGCGACCUCUUGGAAGAUCGUUUGAUCAGUCAGAAAUCUGGAAAGGUUGUUCUCGGUAGACAUUUACUGUUUGCAAGAUUCCGUGAUAUGACACACCUCAAAUUUAGAAAGAGAACCAUUGAAAAGGUUGCAGAUACCACUCAGUUGCUUUGGAAUCCAUAUAAACCAUUCAAUAACUCUGAUUUGAAAAAGAUUAGUGUGCGUGUAAAGCAUACCGAUCUCGUCACCAAUGCAGAGGGUACAUUCUUUUAUGCAAAGGCGAUGGCAGAGACUUCGCACUCGACAGCACUGCAUCUGCUGCACAAAGCCAGAAAGAGAUUCGAGUUGGCACUCAUCUCCAAUCCAAACAACAAGGAAACACUGCAGCUCUGUGCUCAGACCUGGUGUAAGAUCUUGGAGUUCAGCGCUAGCGAGGGUAAGAAUAUGUCCAAUGUUUGCUUCUCAAUGAAUGACCCUGCCGUUGUCAACACCGAUCGUUAUUUCCUGAGAGCUAUCGAUGCCAACCCGAAAGGACCUGUAAUUUUAUUCUUUUAUGCCAGAUUUUUGGUGCGUUGUGACAGAACCGAAAAGGCAGAAUCUUAUUUCCUCAGAAGUCUUGAAGUAGAUCCAUUCAGUUAUAGAUGUCUCAUUGCAUACGCCAGUUUCCUCACAGAACGUGGUUUCCCCAAUGACUCGUCAUUGUUUUUAAAUUAG